AUCCAAGCGGCGGCUGGCUAGACCGGGUUUUCGCAAACGACGCCUCAUUUGACUUGGCCGCAGUUUGGACUGCAAGGCAGACAGAGGACGCAGCUGUCACAUACUGGAUGAGCGGUGCCUCGAAGCUGAAUUGCGGGAUGAGGAAUUGAGCUGAGGAACAUAUUUCGUCAAAUGGGAAACGUUUUUACUAAAAACAGUCGUUAGUGUUAUAAAUUAGAAGCUUUCAAAGUUGUGGUCCGCGCAGAGUUGACGCACCGUUUGGACUGGAGCACAUUCGGCUGUUUGAAUAACGUUACCGCGGAGACGGUAGUUAAGCGGAGAAAGCGACGAAGGGCCACUCUAAAUAAGUGCGGCCAAAAAUUUAUAAGAGUUAAAUCCUUCGCAGGAGAAUAAAACCAACAGGGAAAUUAAAUUCUUCGGAGCUGAAGAGGACAUCAUAAGAAGGCGAGGAUCAAAGCAGCAUGGUUACCACAAAGGGAGCUGGCCUGAACCCCAAUGCUAAAGUGUGGCAGGAGAUCCCUGCCCACCAGAAUGACAUCCCAGAGGAGACGGAGGAUUCUCCUUGGCUGCUGACCUACCCUCCUCCCGCUCAGAUGACCGAUGGUUACUCAGACAUUCCCUCUUCAGGGGGAAAAGGAUAUGACACUGAAUAUCCUGACAGCACUGCUGAUUAUGUCCCUGUAUCCACAGAGGGCAUUGUGAAUGGCACAGACCACCCUGACUUGAGGUAUUUAGCCUUUGAUCCACAAUGCGAAUCAGCCAUAGAUGAUGUUACUAAGCAACAACCAAUGUCUGAGGAGAACCUAAGAGAGUCUUUGAAGAAACAGCUCGAGUUCUGCUUUUGUAGAGAGAACCUAUCAAAGGACCUGUACCUGGUAUCCCAGAUGGAUAGUGAUCAGUUUGUUCCCAUCUGGACCAUUGCUUGCAUGGAGGACAUCAAAGCCCUUACCACUGACAUGGACCUCAUUCUGGAUGUACUGCGAGCGUCUCCCAUGGUGCAAGUUGAUGAAACUGGCGAGAAGGUUCGGCCAAACCACAGUCGCUGCAUCAUUAUUCUGAGAGAGGUCCCAGAGACUACACCAGUUGAGGAAGUGGAGGCUCUUUUUAAGAGUGACAACUGUCCAAAAGUGUUAAGUGCUGAGUUUGCACACAACAGCAACUGGUACAUAACAUUUCGGUCAGAUAUGGAUGCACUACAGGCUUACAGAUACCUAAGAGAGGAAGUGAAAAUGUUCCAGGGAAAACCAAUCAUGGCCCGCAUCAAGGCCAUUAACACAUUCUUUGGUAAGAACGGCUUCCACAGUGUGGACUCAAGCGUGUAUAGUCAACAUGCCCAACCACAGGCUCAGUAUGGCUCCCCAGUCUACAUGCAGCAGGUGUACAGCCCUCAGCAGCAGUACCCUGUAUACCCUGUGGUGUCUCCCUCCUGGAACCCUUCCAUCAUGCCUUACUUUGAAACACCCCUGGCACCUUUCCCAAAUGGUGGAUUAAUGAAUGGUUACAGCCGUCCUGGGAACUACAAAGGAAACUCAAGCUCCAUCAACGGCCAUCGACCCAUGAGCAGAAAUCGAAACCAUGUUAAGAGUCACCCUAGGCCUGGAGACGUGCCCCCUUCUUCUUCAUUGGCUCCAGGGACCCUGAUAGAUGGAUGGUCUGGUCCCUUGAGUCCACAACCCCUCCAGACAUCAGGGACACCGGCAAGCACCACUUCAGCGACAGUCUCUCUGCUCUCUUACAGCCUUAAAGACACUUCUCCACAGGCCACCGUACCCAGUGGAUAUCUGAGUGGGUCUGGACGGGGCAGGAGAGGUAGCCACAGAGGCAUGAGGAGGAAAAGAGAAGAUGAACAAACCCCGAGGCCUCUCCCUGUGAUGGAGGCCAAGGUACCACCUCCACCAAAGUUUGACCUGGCAGCUUCCAAUUUUCCUCCGUUGCCGGGAUCUGUGGUCAGCAUGCAGGGAGAAACUACGCCAGAGAUGCGCCUUUCUGAUGUUGUGCGUGGCCUAAAGGUGACCAAGAAGUCUGUGAGCCAAGAGGUUAACGAGACCCGAUACACAAACAUCUCAGAAAACUCUGUAAGCAAACCUGCUCCUGUGGCAACGGUUGCUAAACCUGCUCCUGUGGCACCGCACACAGUGGCACCACCAGUCUCAAGUGUUUCUCCUCCAGUAAAGGAAGAGGAUAAAGCUGAACCUCCUAUUCCAAAGGGAAAAAUCUCCUCGUUCACUCAGGCUGCCUCCCCAGCAGCCUCCGAACAUGCCCCCUCCACCUGCAGCCAGUCUGUUUCUACAAAAGCACCUUCCCCAUCAUCCCCAACUUCAACAUCAGAGCUGGGGCCAAAAAAGCUCAGCUAUGCAGAGGUGUGCCAGAGGCCGGCCAAGGACCCUCAACCAGCACAGACACCCUCUCCCUCCUCUCCUGCCUCCUCAGCCAGCCAACCCCUGCAAGAGCUCAAGGUCAACAGGGUUGAGGAGCCAAGGCCCAACUCCAUGCGUACUAGAGACAAACGAGAGAAAUCCGGAGACUGCCGUCCUCCUCGUCAACCAUUACGUUCCUUCAGAGGGGCGAAUGGCCAAGUCAGAUUCGGCGGUGCAACGCUGAAGAUUCAGGAGCAUCAGAGAGGCCUGAACACUGGCAAACAGUUUUCCCCACAGCGGGGAGCCAGACGCAGUGGCAAAGAACAGAACAUUCCCCCAAGGUCACCAAAAUAACUAAAGAAAAAGGAACCUAUAAAACAUGAAUUAAAACAGAAUUAGAAACUAUAUGUAAAUAUAUAAUAUAUGUAAAUAGACAGAUGAAUAUAUUUCAUUUGACGGACUUUUUCAAAGGAUCUCUUAACAUUGUUGCAGACCUGAAAUUAUUUGGAAAGACUAUAGUAGAAAUUCCUUUUAGGAAAAUGCAUGUAGUCUGCUGACAGAAUUGCAGACUUUCAGGGUGAUAAAACAUACUUUGCUGAAAGUAAUAUCACCACGAUGUUAUCAAAAAAUGCCUCCAUUAAAAAGGCUAAAUCUGUAGCGUGUGUGUAUAUGUGUAUGUGGGCUAGUUACUUAGAAAUAUAAGGUAGUCUUAACAUUUAGCUAGCAUUGUCAACAUCCAAAAUGAUAAUGAGGCACAUUUGAUUUCUCGGAGUUGUUGUCGGCAUAUGAUUCAUCUUGACUUAAACAUUUUUGUGCAUUGAAAUCAAGGAAUUAUGAUUUAUUUAUUAAAUGGAAGAUGUUGAAUCCAAGGCAGAAUCAUAGAAACAGUGGGACAUGUGAUUAACUACAAAAAGUUUGAAUUUUGAUGAUGGGUAGCAAUGUUUGAUGACAUUUUCACGAUAGUGAUGAUUUGCUCUACAAACAGUGGUGAAUACUAAGUUACAUGGAUUCAGAAUGUUGCGUAAUGUAAUGAUUUUAAUCCUUCAAUGUUUUGGCAGUAGUUUUCUUUGUGAUGCAGCUAUUAGAUCAAUGCUGCUAACAUUUGAAAUAAGCCCUGUAUUCUAACUGGAGUAGAUCUUGUAAAAAUUGUAGAGCAUAAAUACCCAUAAGAAUAGUAGUCAAAUAAACUACUGUUGCGCAGGGUUAUUAGACAUAAGCAGGAGCAGAAAGACUGUCACCAUGUUGAUUAUGGUGCUUCUCUCACAUAGUAAGAAUAAUAGGUUAGACAGCUAACUUUAAUUUCAGGUCCGGCUUAUGAUAUGGAUAGUCUGUAUUUUCAGUUUCCGGAACGUUUUUGGGUUUGAUGGUAGAUCUUGUAGAAUCAGCUCUCUGUCGUUGGUGACUAGCAUCUCUGCAUGUGAAUUGCAAAUUGGAUUUUCUUCCGCAAUAGAAAUUUGUGGCCUCUCCUUGACGAAAGUACCUAAUUGACGUUUGACGCCAUGGCCUAUGUCUAAACUUGAUUUGGUGACACUGAUUGCCUGCAUAAUCUGUUUUGAUUGGAUACAUAAGGCUUCAGACGAAUGUAGUCCUUUUGGCAUAAAACCGCUUUUGAUUUUGUAAAUGUCUAUGUAAAUGUAGCUUAACUUGAGUUUGUAUAUACCGAUUUAUUUUUGAUCUGGGUUGUUAAUGUACUUGUUUUCCUGCUGUAGAUGAGUUUCGUUUUCUAUUAAUUUGUAAUGUUUUUCUUUUCAUGGUAUUUAAUGUUUCUGUAGUAUUUGUAAGUUGGUGUGUAGACUGAAACGAGAAAAGAUACUUAGUUGUGGACAACUAAAGAUACUGAUCUACACAGCUCCUUGUGGCUCCACAAUGAGCAGAACAUGCCUUAACCUGUAGUGCUUUGAAUUGAAAUGCACCAUCUGUUGAUCUCAAGGCUUUAAUGCAUUAUAGAAGUAAGAAAUGGAAAGGUGUUGCACAGAAAUGCUAAAUUUGUGCUUAUGUUUCCUUUUAGUGUUGUCAUUUCAUCUGAAUAAUCUUUGGUGUCGCAAAUGAAAAUGGAAAAAAAAAAUGGGUGAAGAUAAAGAAUUACAGUUUUUCAGGAUUAGGGGGGAUAAAACAUUUCACCUUAAAUAAGUGUUUUGAAUCCUCCACUUGUAGGAGCUUGACUGCAGUGUAGGGUAUUUUAUGUCUUGUAAUCAGUAGAUCAGUUGUCGUGUGUGUGUGUGUGUGUGUGUGUGUGUGAGAGAGAGAGAGAGAGAGAGAGAGAGAGAGAGAGAGAGAGAGAGAGAGAGAGAUGGUGUAAACUUGUGUGCAUGAGAGAAAGAGAUUGCUUCUGCUUCGGACUACAUGGAACUGUUAUCUCAAACCAAACCGCCAGUGCCUUAACAAUGCUUCAUUUCAGUAGUACACAAGUUUUGAGCACAUCAAUUUGUCACACUGAACAAGGCUGGUUAGUUGGUGGUUAAAAAUCCAACAUUAUCAGUUUGUGACACCCAGACACACUAGAUCCUGUUCAGUGUAAAUCUUUAUUAUAGGUGCAGCUGGUGGGCUGGGGCUGGUUGGAGUGGAGCUUAAUGUGUGUGUGCAUGCUUUUUUUUGUCUAUUAUGUGUGUGAUACAGUUUGUUUUGUUAGCUUGUCAAUGCAAUUUCAGUCUUAUAUCAGAAUCCUUCUUAUAACUCUCAAUCAAACAUGCGAUUGCAAUUUUCAGCCAAGUACACACUGGUUUGAGUGAAUAUUUUAUUGCUGAGCCUGAUGUAUGAAAAUAAAGAUUUAUUUUUAAACA